UUUACCUGAAGCUAAAGUUAAAGGUCAAUAAGGGUCCUCACAAGUAUAGCGACACAAAAACAUGUGUGUGUGUGUGUGUGUGUGUGCACUUACAGAUGGUUUAUGGCCUCAUCACACACACACACAGGUGUGGUGUAAGCGUCAGGUGUGUGUGCGUCUUUCUCCCUUUUCCUGCUCAAAGCUCAAAGUUCAGACAGACGGAGACGACAAGCGAACGCCACAAACAACAACAACAACGGGGAUUCACCGGGAAAAGGAAACUUUGCGCCUAAAAAAAUCACAGAAGAAGAAGGAGAAGGAGGAGAAGGAGGAGAAGGAGGAGAAGGAGACGGGGCGUCUCCGACAGCAGAUGGACAGAAGCUCGAUGUGAACCGACGGCUCCUCCGACCGACGGCCAUCUUGGAGACGGACAGCUCCAGAGGGGGCUCCUCCCCAUCGCUCGCCCCUCCCCGGCUGCAGCGCCCCCUGCUGGGCGGCAUGGAGCCUGCGGCGGGCCGGCUGCCCCUCCAGGUCCUGGGGGAGAACGAGGCGCUGCAGCAGUUCUUCAGCGGUCAGGAUGUGCGUGGUGUGUUGGACAGCUCCGUUGCCGUGGAUACGAGCAUCCUGGAGCAGUUCCUCAGUAACGAUAUGGACCCCAACAGCUUCAUGCUCCCUGAGUCUCCUCCGGACUCGAGCUCGGAGGCCUGUUCACCUGCACAGAUACCAGACUUCCACUGCGAGGCGUCCUAUUGGUCCAACCACCAGAACAUCCAACCGACACAGCGGCCGGGCCCCUCGACGUCCUGUUGCUUUAAGGCCCGAGGCCCCGCCCACCCCGAGCUGAUGACCCACGAUCAGCUACGCACUUUGGGCCUUACGAACACUUUGGUCAAGUCCGGGACGUCGCCCGCUCCACCGCACACACACCGCUCACCUGAACACACACACUACCUGAGUCCAGAGUGCUGCCCGCAGGUCUACGCCCCUCCCCCGCCUUCUGCCCCGCCUCCUCCGCCGCCGCUGGCUCCCUCGAACAGCUACGCCGCGCCCUGCGCCGGUCCCAGCCUCGUCCCGAGCUUAUCCACGCCCCCUUCGAGCUACCUGUUGGGCUCCACCUCGUCGCUGCACACCUGCUCCCCAGAGAGUAAAAAAAGGAGGAGAUCUGAAUCUGAGGAACUAUCGGCAGGAAUGGAGGCCGUCUGCAGUGAGGCUGACGGGACUCAAGGCGACGGCGUCGGCGGUUUGGGAUCCUGCCAACUCCUCACAUGGGAACACUACAGGCUGGAGCAUUGGAUCACCUCCUACGACGGCAGCUCCCAAACAAUGUGUCCUCCUGCCUACCACGUCGACACCGACAAAGGCUUCAACUACUCCGUGGCCGACGAGGCCUUCGUCUGCCAGAAGAAGAACCACUUCCAGGUCACCGUUCACAUCGGCGUGGCCACGGAGCCGGCGUACGUCCAGACGCCCGGCGGGCCGCGGCCGGUCGACCACUUCCAGAUCCAAGUGUUCGGGGUCAAGCUGGAGUCUCCGAGCCACCAGGUGACUAUUGAGCAAUCUCAGCCCAACCGCAGCAAGAAGCCCUUCAACCCCGUCAGUGUGGCCUUGGUGUGCCAGUGUGGCCUUGGUGUGGCGUUGGUGUGGCGUUGGUGUGGCCUUGGUGUGGCCUUGUGUGGCGUUGGUGUGGGCGUUGGUGUGGCCUUGGUGCGGCGGUGGUGUGGCCUUGUGUGGCCUUGGUGUGGCUGCGUUGGUGUGGCCUUGAGUGUGGCCUUGGUGUGGCCUUGCAGGACGCACAGCAGCGUGUCGGCGCCUCCGGGUCCGGCUGCUUGUAAGACCGAUGCUCAGAAACCCGGCUGGAGUCGGAAGUACAAAGUCCUGCGGGCCGGCGUCUUCGCCGUGGUGACCACCUUGGCUUUCUGCGUCAUCUUUAUAACCGCUCUGUACUUACUGACUCUGAGGGAGAAAGACGUUGACGCCAACAGCGUGAAGCCUCUGCAGACCACCGCCAGCAGCAGCACAGCCCUCCCCUCCAGUCCACCUGUCCCUUGGCCCCCGGACGUGGACUUCUGCCACCUGCUGUACUGUGAGCGGGUGUACUGCUGUAAAACACCUACAGGGGGCAGCACUGAGUCCAACGUCUCAGCUGCAGGAGAAUUGUCUGGCCUGAAGGAAAGAGGAAAUGACAGACUCAAUGAGAAGCUGAAGAGCGCCCGAGACUGGACGAACACCAGCAUCCACUCCUUCAGGAUCAGAGAGAACCAGCAGCUGAUUGACAGUCGAUACUGCGUGAGCGACCACUGUGGACCAGGGCGAUACACCUACCGGGUUCCCAUCAGCCCGUUUGUCCCGGUCAACAUGAGAGUCACUCUGCUCAUGAACUCCACGGAGCUGCUGGUGGUGUACCUGUGCAGCCUGGACGAGUCGGCCUCCUGCUCCGCUCUGCUGGACAUGGACAGCGUCGCUGGGAGCCGAUACCCGUCAAACACUCAGGGAGAACAUGAAUGGCCUCUUCACGUCGCUCGUCUUCGUCACAGCUCGUAUCACUUUCGCUCCACAGUGGCCGGUCAAGCUAACUGCAGUACCGACCACCACUUCGCGGGGGCGCUGUUCACCGACUACCACUUCCACUUCUAUCGCCGCUGCACGGACUCAGGGACGCCCGUUUAAAGACAGGAAAUAAUAUUAAUAUAUUAAGUGCAAUUAACAUUAAACAGAUUGUCAUCACAAUUAUGCUUUUUUUAAACCUGCAAAUUAAACUUCACUAAACAUUU